AAUGACUUAUGUUUCUUGGACUUUUGUUGGACAGUUUAUUUUCUUGGACAGUUUCUUUUUCUGUAAAAUGGAGAUCAUAAUAGCACAAACCACAUGCUGUGAGGACUCAGAAGCUGGUUAAUGAGCAGAGGGAGCAUCCACCUGCCCCUGUCCCAGCCAACACCCUUCCUUCUGUCUCUUCCCUGCAGGUCGCAGCUGUGAUGCUCCUCGGAGGCUGGCUCCUGCUGGCCUUCAAUGCAAUUUUCCUCCUGUCUUGGGCUGUGGCCCCCAAAGGGCUGUGCCCAAGGAGAAGCAGUGUUCCCAUGCCGGGGGUGCAGGCAGUGGCAGCUACUGCCAUGAUUGUGGGUCUGCUGGUUUUCCCAAUUGGCCUUGCCUCCCCAUUCAUCAAGGAAGUGUGCGAAGCCUCCUCCAUGUAUUAUUGUGGGAAGUGCCGACUGGGUUGGGGUUACACGACUGCUAUCCUCAAUGCAGUCCUGGCCAGCCUCCUGCCCAUCAUCAGCUGGCGCCACACGACCAAGGUCCAAGGGAGGACCAUCAUCUUCUCCAGUGCCACCGAGAGAAUCAUCCUUGUGCCAGAAAUGAACAAAUAAAAAUCUCCUGGGAGGGGCACAAAGGGCACACUCCAGAGUUUUCUGAAAUCAUCAUGUAGCCAACUUCAAAUCCCAUCUCUGCCCCUUCUUGCUGCGUGACUUCAGGCAAGCCACUUUACCUCUCUGGAAUGGUUUUUUCUUCUGGAAAAUGAAAGUUGAAAUCAUACCUACCUCCUAAGGUUGUUCUGAGAAUUCACUGGAGAUACUCUAUGUAAAUAAGGCACUUUGCACCACGUCUGGCACAUAGCGUUCAAUAAACAUUGGCUACUAUUAUUACAAUCCUUACCUCAAGGUAAGAGUUUGUGCUGAGAAUUCAACAUCUUUAUGAAAACUGCCCAGGCUAAUUCUGAGUUCAUGGUUGUCACUCAAAAACUAAAUUGUUUAAUUGGCAUGCGCAUAUUCUCUCUCCCUUCUCUUUUUAUAAUUCUUCCUUGUUUUAGAGAAUUUGAAAUUUAUUUUCUCAUCAAAUAUUUAGUGAGUGCCUAUUA